GGUGUAGAACGCGUAAUGAAGAGGAAAAGAGACGUUCCGACUUCGCUCUCGGUUUUGGCAUCCUACCUUAACAUAUCUAUUACUUCCCUCUCGGUUUUGGCAUCCUACCAUACUAUAUCUAUGCAUGGAUUCGAUCCUGCCAUUGAGACUUCGAAGCUGCGCCUUCUUCCUCGCGCUGGGAUUGGACUAGGGGGGAAGAAGAUGAUCCAGCUGCUGUUCACGGUGCUGGUGGCGGAGGCGGCGGCGACGGCGGGGCUCCUCUUCAACACUCCGCUCCGCAAGCUCCUCAUCCUCGGCCUAGACCGCCUCAAGCGCGGCCGUAGCACCGUCAUGGUGAAGACGCUGGCCGCCACCGCCGUGCUCGUCCUCGCCUCUAGCAUCUACAGCAUGGCUGAGAUCCGACUCCGCUUCGCCGAGCUCGGGGCCCCCACGCCCACCGACCAGAUUCUCAUGAGCCGCCACCUCCUCGAAGCCUCCCUCCUGGGUUACUCCCUUUUCCUCGCUCUAAUAAUCGACCGUCUCCACCUCUACAUCGGAGAACUGCAUGGGCUAAGAAAUAGCAUGAAGGCUGUGAUGAAGCAAAACAGGGUCAUAGGGACAGCUAAAACUGGGAGUUCCUGAAGAAUCUUUAGCAUCAGAUGUGGCAAAUUGUUCCGCUUGUAUAUAUCAUGCCAUUACAACCAACUGUUUGAUAAAAUGCCCUCUUGUUGUUUUACCUAAUGAAGUGAUUCAAAUGCUUACACGCUGUUAGAUAGUA